AGGGCGGGGCGGGGCGCUGCGUGCGCUGGACGCGGGGUUGCGCUCCUCGGGUGCGCUCCUAGGCGCUCGUCGCCGCCGCGCCUUGAGUCAGCAAACUCCGCCGUGCUCCGGGCCGGGCUUCCAGGACCGCGCGUUGAUCGUGUCCUGAGCUGAAGAUGUUUCCAGAACAGCAGAAAGGGGAGUUCGUGAGUGUCUGGGUCCGAGACCCCAGGAUUCAGAAGGAGGACUUUUGGCACUCUUACAUCGACUAUGAGAUAUGUAUUCACACAAACAGCAUGUGUUUUACAAUGAAAACAUCUUGUGUACGAAGAAGGUAUAGAGAAUUCGUGUGGCUGAGGCAAAGACUCCAAAGCAACGCAUUGCUGGUACAAUUACCAGAACUUCCAUCUAAAAACCUAUUUUUCAACAUGAACAAUCGCCAGCAUGUCGACCAGCGCCGUCAGGGCUUGGAAGAUUUUCUCAGAAAAGUCCUGCAGAAUGCACUCUUGCUCUCCGAUAGCAGCCUCCACCUCUUCCUGCAGAGCCAUCUGAACUCCGAGGACAUUGAAGCAUGCGUUUCUGGGCAGACCAAGUACUCGGUGGAAGAAGCCAUUCACAAGUUCGCCCUGAUGAACAGACGGUUUCCUGAAGAAGAGGAGGAAGGGAAGAAAGACACGGACGCAGAGUAUGACUCAGAGAGUUCAUCCUCUGGGCUUGGACACAGUAGUGAUGACAGCCCAGCUCUGCAGGAGUCCUGAGAAGGAAUUCUAGGGCUACCACCUUCGGAACAAAAUUGUGCCCAGCCAGAAAGAACGCUUGCUCGUAAUAGAUUCUUACCUAACGCCACUGUCAGUAUCCUAGGUAGUUAAAUCCUUAAAGUGGUGGGUUAUUAUUAGUAGUAGUUUUAUGUUGUUUAAUUCUAGCCAAGCUUCUGUAUGGAGCUGUAAGGUCUGUGAAUGCUGUUCCACCCUUUAGUGCCAUCCCAUGCUUGUGAAUACGAUCCUGCUCUCAAGUGAAGCGAAUUAUGUGCUGUAUGUAUACACACACACACACACACACACACACACACACACACACACACAUAUAUACACAGUGGGUCUUAACUGAAUUUUAAAGAGCGAGGUGUAUGAGUAGCAUUUAAAGCCAGACGGAGCAUCUUUACUGUAUCGAUGAGGAAGUUGCUGUAAACACAGUAUGUGGCCGGAGCCAGAGUACAGAGUCACGGCACAGCAGACUGCCUGACUCUCUGACACGUGGCUCUUGUUUUGUGGGGACUUCUUCUCUGGAAAAUACUUUGCCUUCAGGUAUUUGAUUGAAAUAUUUAAGAGUAUUUAAGCUUUCCAGUAUACUGUAUCAUGUGUAAAUGCAAAAUACACCUUACAAAUAGAGAGAUGUACUUAAAAAAAAUGUUUACAUCUUAGGAGGGAGAAAAACAGAAGUGUUUGUAAUUUUGCUUAAAUCUGCCAUACGACAAAUACAUUCUCACUGUCCAAAAUCAGCUUAAACAUGGUUUCUUGGUCACAAGUCAUUCUUUUACCAUUGUGCAAUUAGAAUCAUAGCUUAUGAUUUAUUUUCUGACAUUAAAAAAAAAAAACCAAAGUCACCAGGUAACUUUUAUCAGUGGUGGCUUCUCUGGUAGGCCCUGUUCAUUUUUUUCAGUUAGAAAAAGGGUUUUAUAAGUGUUAAUUUUACCCAUAAAUAUUGCAGUAAUUUUGGAGUGGGAGCCGGGUUGCUCAUGGCUCAUGGUCUAAAGAAGCCCUUUCUUUUUAGGUGUCUUCCAGAAGAUUGGCUUAGUUUGAAUAAAAUAACCUUUUUUUUUUUGAAAGUGGCCCAAAGAUAAGAUGUCUUGGGUCCACCAUGAGCUUCCAGUUUCAGAUAAGGCAGCAUUUUCCUGGGAUUAAUUAGCCAAGUGCUCUCCAGAGUCUUCCUGGGUCUCUCUGGGAGCCAGCGGAAGGAAUGUUCACCUAAGUGGGAUAACUUGUUGCUUCCAGUGAAUGGCUCCCACUCCCGUGGGUGCAAAACUGCUGCAAAAAGCAGCCAUUUACUUGGGUACUUUGGAGUUAUUGUAUUAAUAAAAAGUUAUUGAAUUGUCCUCUGAGAUGCUUGUUAUAGAGAAUUGGUUUAAAAAAAAAAAAAAAAAAAGAAAGAAAGAAAAAGAAAGAAAGAAAGAAAGAAAGAUUGAUUAAAUUUGGAAUAAAAAUGAUUUUAAAGUUCUGUCUGACACAUUAAACUUCUGUAAAUAUUUUGAUUCAUGUCUUAGAUGCUGUCAACCUUUUCCUCUAAUUGUCUUUAUUUUAAUGCCGAAAGAAAAUGAUUUAGCAGCUGUAUGCAAAGUUUCAGAGCAACCCCCAGUCCUCAGCAGCACAGAUGAACUCACAUCAUGUUUUACGGUGUUUUUUGGAAAGCAUAAAUUGUGACAGCCCUUAUCAUGCGACUUCUUGAUGAUGUAACGUAACCUUCAAAGCUAAUAUGAAGUGAUACUUUCUUUGUAUUUGCUCCGUAAACUCCACAGACACUCUGUUCACAUUAAACAUGGGGGAAAAAAAAAAACAAAAACAAAAACAAAAAAACUUUGUUCAAUCACUUACUUUACACGGGAGAAUAUAUUUCUUCUGACUCAGA